AUGACGAUCACCACCCAGCGCAGGACCGCCAACUCUCCGGCGCAGGCCGCGAAGAACCGAGCCAAGCGGUGGGCAUCCGGCAAAAGCCGCAAGACGGGAUUCGCGAAGGCGCGGGCCACCUUCCGCGGCGGAGGCCGCGGUAGCGCGGCGGCUGCGGAGAGGCACGACAGCAUGAUGACAAAAGCACGCUGGCGGGGCACCGAGGCAAUCGCAAGGGAGACCCCAGCGGGCUCUUUGUCGGUCGCAUCGAUGCCGCAACGCAAGGACUACACAAACGACGCCGAGCACCACGGCAAGUUCCAGGUGUGGCUCCAGGCAGAAUAA